AUGACCAGUUUCUUCAAGACGCUCACGAACCAAGUCGUGACCAUCGAGCUGAAAAAUGAUAUUCGCAUUCGGGGUAUCCUCAAGUCCGUAGAUCAAUACCUGAACAUCAAGUUGGACGAUAUUGAGGUCCUGGACCUUGACAAGUAUCCGCACCUGUCAUCUGUGAAGAGCAUGUUCAUCCGCGGAAGUGUGGUGCGCUAUGUCAUGUUGCCGCGAUCAGAAGUCGACGUCGGUUUGCUGGAGGAUGCUACGAGGCGAGGUCAGUGA